GGUCGGUAAAGUUUUUUAUCCGAGAAACCGUGAAAUUAAAUAUCUAAACGUUGCUACGUUUUUUCGUGCCAAGUGCAACUAAACUAUCAAGAUUCCGCCGAUAAUUCAAAGCCUACCCAGUGGGUGGCUUCAUUUGGUCUGAAGUAAAAUAAUCAUGGAUGGCAGAAGAGACUCAUUUUUCCAAAAGAAAAAACAGAAGAAUGUUAAUGGAAAAUCAGCCGAUGAUAGCAACAUUAGCAAAAAGAAACAGAGAGAAAAAGAUUUUGACAAAAAUCGUGACAUCAAAGAAAAGAAUAAGAAUGACAAGAAACCCUUCGACAAGAAAACAUACAGACUCAAAAAGUAUAGCAAGAAAUAUAAGCUGGAACAGUGGGAGGAACAGCGCAAGAAAAGAUUACUUCAAGAGUAUCAGAAGACUUUGAAAAAUGAUCCCAUGGCGGGGAAGUAUAAUCUGAAACCCUUUGAUGAAGAGGUUGAUGCCACCACCCAGGCGGGACAGUUCGUUAGACACCCAGAUUUAAUCGCCCAGAAUGAUCAAGAGUUCAAAAAGAAAGAUCCUUUCUCAAAGGCAAAGGAAAAAUUUGACCAAGUUAAACAACAGAAGCAGGAGAAGAAGGAGCAGGUGGAGCGAGCCAAAGCGGAACAACAGCAGAAGUUGCAGGAGUAUAAGAAGAAGAAACAUGAUCGAUUUAAGAAGCUGAGCAAGAAGAACAAGAAGGGGCAGCCCGUCAUGACGGGGAGGUUGGAGCUGAUGCUGGAGAAAAUACAAAAAGGCUGAUAGUUUUGUGAUAGACAUAAAAUGUAAUCUUUAUUACGAAAUAUAAAGUACUCAAAUACUUUUGUAAUUUGCCUAAA